AUGGACAUCGAGAGAAACCGAUCAGCAGUCUUGGAGGCAUGUCUUCGGGAGCCAAGUUACCAACUGUGGCGUGGAAUCUGCUACAAGGCCUUCGACACUCGUGAGCCCUUUAACGAUGCAGCUGCAGCCUGUAGGAAAGACGACGGCACCCUCGCCAUGCCCCGAGACGCUGAGACCAACGCCUUUCUGAUCUCCUUAUUCAAGUCCGCUGGAGGGUAUUACGGUUUCUUUAUCGGCUUGCAAGAUCAACGUGAAAAAGGAAGAUUUGAGUGGGCCGAUGGUUCUGCACUAGGAGAGUACAACUCGUGGGCCCAGGGUGAACCGGAUGGUAUUGGCGAUUGUGUUGUGUUCGGCACAAGCGGUUUCUGGAAAGACAAGUGGUUCAACUACGAAUGCGACAUGAGUUUCGGCUUCGUCUGCCAAGCUAUUCCAGGUGCUUCAUUCAAAAGUACAAUUUCUUGA